AGAAAAUUGAAAAUCCCCAUUGGAGCAUGAGAUAAGUGUCGUUUGUCACCAAAUUACUACCCAAAUUCUAUUGAUCUACGACGACGUCCUGUAAUACAUACCAAAACUUUGUCAGAGAAACUUAGAGACAGACAAAGAGAAAAAUGGGUCAGACUCAGAGGAAUCAUCUAAUCCUUGGUUGUGAUCUUUUCUCAAAUGGGUAUAAGAUACUCUUGGUUACCUUUAUUUACCUGAGCUACUGCUCAAUCCUUCAAGUGGGUGCUUCGAUCCAUGAAUACCACACCGAAUCCUUCAUUCGUCGCUCCAAUUCAUUCUUCCUCCAUGGCGGUAGUGAGGGUCUCUAUGCUUCCAAACCCCACUCCGAGAAUGACAAGCUCGUUUCUGAAGAUAAACCCAUUAAUGGCAAGUCCUUCAUCAGGUUUGAAUCCGUCACCUUUCGAAGAACGAAACAUUCUGCUGAGCAGAAGAAUGCGAUGCAGCAGAGGACUGGCUUGGUCGAGGCAAUAAUACUUGAGGUUAGAGACAGGGAUAAGAUUGGGGGUUCUUACUUGAACUCUGAUGCAAUAUGUUGCACCCCGGAACUUGCGAAGGAUAGUUCCUGCAAGGUGGGAGAGGUUAUCAUUCAUCAAAACCUUGAUAACCCAAAUGGACCUAAAAGACUCCAGGCCUUCUUUGAAGGGAAAAAUGAAGAGCUUACCAUGCCCCUUCAGACUAUUGAGAUCAACAGCACUGGAAUGUACUAUCUGUAUUUUAUGUUUUGUGAUCCCGAGCUUGUUGGCACGGUUAUCAGUGGAAGAACAGUGUGGAGGAAUCCUGAUGGUUACCUACCAGGGAAGAUGGCACCCCUGAUGACAUUUUCUGGCUUGAUGUCUUUCGCUUACCUUGUUCUAGGCCUUGUUUGGUUUCUCCGCUUUGUACAAUAUUGGAAAGAUAUAAUGCAAUUGCACUACCACAUAACUGCUGUAAUUGCUCUUGGAAUGUGUGAGAUGGCACUCUGGUAUUUCGAGUACGCAAAUUUCAAUUCAACUGGAAGCAGACCAAUGGGGAUAACCUUAUGGGCAGUAACCCUCACUGCUGUGAAGAAGACAAUCUCCCGGCUUCUUCUCUUGAUGGUUUCUUUGGGCUAUGGUGUUGUACGGCCAACUCUGGGCAGCAUAACCCCUAAAUUAAUUCUCCUUGCUUUGGCAUAUUUUGUGGCCUCUGAAGCACUUGAACUUGUUGAACAUUUGGGGAACAUCAAUGAUUUUUCUGGGAAAGCAAGGCUUUUUCUGGUGCUACCCGUAGCUCUGCUGGAUGCUUGUUUUAUUAUUUGGAUAUUUUCAUCAUUAUCCAAAACUCUGGAGAAACUUCAGAUUCGAAGAAGUAUGGCCAAACUAGAGCUCUACAGAAAGUUUACCAAUGCUCUUGCAGUAUCAGUGCUUCUCUCUGUUGUUUGGAUUGGUUAUGAGCUGUACUUCAAUGCCAGUGACCCAUUGAGUGAACUGUGGCGAAGAGCUUGGAUCAUCCCUGCUUUCUGGACUUUGCUCGCUUAUAUUAUCUUGGUAGUGAUAUGUGUUCUAUGGGCUCCAUCACAUAACCCAACAGGAUAUGCCUACUCGGAGGAGACUGGAGAUGAUUUCGAUGAUGAAGACAGUAUCCCACUCACUGGAAGUGGAGUUAAGGUGGCUGGAGAUUUGUCAAACAUGGUAGAAAGGAAAGAAAGGAAGACACUAACUGCAGCUGAUCAUCUUGUGUAUGGACUGAGUGAAGAUCUUGAAGAGGACAAGAGGGAGUAAUGAAUUCUCUUCUUAUAUUUAUUUUCUUUUUUCUUAAUCACCCAUAUAACAACGUUCCUGUACAGAGGAAUGUCUUUUUUUUA